CCCGAUCCCCGUCAAACGCGACGCGCUGAACGAAAGAGAAAGUGAAAGUCUUAAAUCGCUUUAUCACCCUCGACAAACUUCUCCGCGCGUCUGAGCUGCUAAACUCCGUCACGCGUGUUCGUUAAGGAUGUCUCGAGGCUCGAACGCGGGGUUUGAUCGACACAUCACUAUAUUCUCACCGGAGGGACGUCUGUAUCAAGUCGAAUAUGCCUUCAAAGCCAUCGGUCAGAGCGGGCUGACCACGGUGGGCAUCAGAGGGACGGACUGCGCCGUGCUGCUCACACAGAAGAAAGUGUCGGACUCGCUCCUGGAUGCGUCGACAAUGACAAACAUGUUUCGUCUCACUCCGCGGAUCGGAUGUGUCAUGACCGGACAUUACGCUGACAGCCGCUCUCAGGUUCAUCGGGCUCGCAUCGAGGCGGCCGAGUGGAAGUAUAAGUUCGGUUAUGACAUCACGGCGGACAUGCUGUGCCGGCGCAUGGCGGACAUCUCUCAGGUGUACACACAGAACGCAGAGAUGAGGCCGCUGGGCUGCAGUAUGAUGCUGAUCGCCAUGGACCCUCAGACGGGCCCCGUGCUGUACAAAUGUGACCCGGCCGGGUACUUCUGCGGUUUCAGGGCCACCAGCGUCGGGGUCAAACACCACGAGGCCAGCAGCUACCUGGAGAAGAAGCUGAAGAAGCAGCCGGAUCUGCCCUACGACCGCACCGUGGAGAUGGCGAUCUCGUGUUUGUCUACUGUGCUGUCAAUGGACUUCAAAAGCACUGAGCUGGAAGUGUCUGUGGUGACCAAAGAAAACCCCAAAUUCAGGACUCUGUCAGAAGCAGAAAUCGAGCAUCACCUGAUGGCGAUCGCUGAGAGAGAGUAACUGUCAGGUUUCUCGUGUUUCUACAGUCCACUGAAGUGUGUGUGUGAUCUAGUUUGACUGUAUCUGGUGUGUCACUGAUGAAUGACACACUCUCAGUCUAUAAAGCAGCACACAGUCCACGAAUCAUCUAAUAAAUCUAUUUUGUCAGUCUGAA